CGAAGCCUCCGCGCCAGCCGAGAGUCUCCCGCCCGCAGGUCAUUCCAGAAAGAUGAGGAUAUACAGUAUCUUUACAUUCAUGGCUUACUGUUGUUUGCUGAAAGCAUUUACUAUCACAGUUCCCAAGGACCUGUAUGUGGUAGAGUAUGGCAGCAAUGUGACAUUGGAAUGCAGAUUUCCAGUAGACAAACAAUUAAACCUGUUGGCAUUAGUUGUUUACUGGGAAAUGGAGGAUAAGAAAAUUAUUCAGUUUGUGAAUGGGGAGGAAGACCUGAAUGUUCAGCACAGUAGCUACAACCAGAGGGCCCUGCUGUUGAAGGACCAGCUCUCCUUGGGAAAGGCCGCACUUCAGAUAACAGAUGUGAAAUUGCAGGAUGCAGGGAUUUAUUGCUGCUUGAUCAGCUAUGGCGGUGCCGACUACAAGCGGAUUACUUUGAAAGUCAAUGCUUCAUACCGCAAAAUCAACCAAACAAUUUCUGUGGAUCCAGUCACCUCUGAACAUGAACUAAUGUGUCAGGCUGAGGGUUACCCUGAGGCUGAAGUCAUCUGGACAAGCAGUGACCACCGAGUCCUGAGUGGCAAAACCACCAUCACCAGUUCCAAGAGGGAGGAGAAGCUUUUCAAUGUGACCAGCACACUAAGAAUCAACACAACAGCUAACGAGAUUUUCUACUGCAUUUUUCGGAGAUUAGGUCAUGAGGAAAACAGUACAGCUGAGUUGGUCAUCCCAGAACCAUAUCCAGAUCCAGCAAAAAAGAGGACUCACUUGGUGAUUCUGGGAGCUCUCCUGUUGUUCCUCAGUGUAACCCUGACAAUCAUCUUCUGUCUAAAAAGAGAUGUGGGAGUGAUGGAUAUGGGAAAGUGUGGCACCCGAGAUAUGAGCUCAAAGCAGCAAAAUGAUACACAAUUUGAGGAGACGUAAUCCGACGUUGAAACUUCUGAUCUUAAAGCAGGGAUUCUCAGCCUGUGGUUUGAGUUCGUCAGGGCUAGGCAUGACCAGAGGCAUGCAGUGGGCCAGUGGGCUGCAGAUGAUGUAGAACUUAAAAGGCCCAAGCUCUGAAAAUGGAAGCUGAGAAAGAAGAAGAGAACAAAGGAAGAAGGAGUAAAAAAGGUAGCCUUAGCCUGGAAGCAAACCUUGGUACUUCAAAAUGACUGGGAGACUCAUCAAUGCAUAUGAAAAGGAGAAAGGACACUUCUGAAUGAUAAAUCUCCAUGCAAAUUAUCCAUCACUCAUCCUAGGAAAACAGGUUGCGAUUCCCUGAUUUAAUGGUCAGUUCCUGCAGAAGUGCCCUUUGCCUUCACUCAGUGUUGAUUUGUCUUCUGGGUAAUUGAGAGUCCCAGUGUUG